CGCGAGGAGUGUAUGUCUUGUUGCGCUUUAUUUUGCCGCUUCGUCGUGACACCGGGCAAUGCUAAACAAAAGUGUUUCGCGUGUGCUUCUGUAUUUAUAUAUUAAGUGGUGAAAAGUGUUAUUAAUAAAUUAUAUGGUGAUGUUGGGAUAGGUGAUUGCCAGCGCCAUGGGCAAUUCCUGCAGUUCUGGGCAGGCCCACAAGGACAAGGAUAAUGUCUCUCAGCAAUCAGAAGAAAUUAACUGUUGCACGCGCAGAUCACCGCCGUACCGCGUCACGAAGCCAUCCUUCGAUGCAACGGCAGAGCCUGCGCAGGAGUUGUUGGAGCCCACGCCAUCCUUCAAGGACAAGAAACCGCUGCUCAAGGGGCCUAGGGCGCAGAUUGGGUCUAGUGUUUCUGAUUCGAUCUCCCUGUCAUCACCCCAAGCAUGCGCCUCGCCCAAGGAGGAGGUGGUCGGUCCACCUGUGCCUGCCAAUGUGGCCGCGCUGACUGAGGAAUAUCGUUCCUACCUCCUGGGUAAAAGUACUGGACAGAGGACCAGGAAACGCCGUGCUAUGCUCAUAUACGUUUGCGCUGCAGACUCGCAGGACUGUUGCGCAGAGAAAGGCGCGCUACACUGCGGCGUAGCGGCGCGACUACGAGUGCGCGCACGCAAACGCGGUUGGCGCGUGCACGUAGCGGACUUGCACUGGCGCUCACCUCUCGAACAACAGCGGGAUCAUCGCUUCCCUGUACUUUGUAUAGCUGAACUCGCACGUCAAUCAGAACUGGGUGCGGUGGUACCAGUAUUAUUCCUUAACUCAAACUUGGGCACUCCACUACUACCUCAUACAUUAGAAUGCGCUGACUUCAAGGCGGCUUUAGAAACAGCUGAUGACGAAAAUGAUAGAAGUUUGCUCAAUAAAUGGUACACCUUGGAUAGUAGCACGACACCGCCAUGUUAUCGUUUAGUCCGAGGCGCGCCAGCUCGUUGGAGACGAGAAAUGGCACGAGCCCUAAGCGUUUUAGUUAGGACUCUGCCCCAAGAGGCCUGCGACGCUUAUCUUACUACUGUCUUGGAACAGGAGGUACAACACACAGUGCUAAUGAGCUCUGAGACGGCAAGGCGUUGUGUGUGGGUGUGUAGAGCGGGAGCAGCGCCUGAUGCCCCCGACGGCCCUGAUGACCAUCACCGGGAGCUGCAGAGGAGGCUGGCUAACCUGCAGAGGGAUUUGAAGCUGUACCUAAGCGAGCGCAAUGUUAUCCGGGCGAGCGUUCGCGGUCGUCCCCAUACAAAUUCCGACGAGGAAUACACAGCGGGUGUCCGCUCGGCGCUUGGCGAACGUCUGGAUGCACUUCUGGAUGGGUUAAUGGCGGAUAGCGAUGGACCGGCUGGGUAUUGCGGGAUACCAGCUAGUUUGUUCGAAGAAAUAUCUGAGCAUCUGUCGUUCUGUCAAAAAGCAACGCAGUGUACGUCCAACAGAGAAAUCACGCUCAACGAAUUAAAAACGUACGUCCAAAGCGACAGUUCGAUCCCAUUAGUGGUGUUGGGCGGGGCCGGUUGUGGGAAGGCCACGCUACUUGCCCGUGCGGCUUCGCUUGCUCACACUUGGCUGGACGAUCUUGCCCUUGUUGUGAGAUAUGUUGGACUAACAUCUCAGUCAAGCAGUUCCCAUCAAUUGUUAAAAUCCAUUGUGGAUCAGUUACACGUACUACACACGGGUACUGUCUAUCGAGGGAAAAAUGAGGCAACGUCACUGUCUUCCACAUUAGCGAGACUUCUAUCAGCAGUUGGGCGUUGUCGGCCAGUGCUCGUCUGCGUGGGAGGAGCUGACGCUUUGAGAGGAGCCCGAUGGCUGCCUUCAAGGCUACCUGAAAAUGUCAAGAUGAUUGUGACAGUUACUGAGGAGAAAGACGAACCGUCAAGUUCAGCAAUAAUGGCGGUCCUUUCAUCUGAAGAUGGCCCGAAGGUGGUAAGGGCACCACCCGUGGGUGCCGAAGAGGCGAAAGCUGUGCUCAUAGCGUGUGCUGCCACCUAUAGUAAAACGGGAGCUGCUUCUCCUCCUGAAGCUGUUGUUAAAGCUGUUCAGAAGUGUACUCUUCCUUUAUAUUCCAAGAUUCUAGCCUGGCAAAUAUCCCUAUCAGCGGAGACCUUCACCGAACAAAGUGAACCGGAAACAGCUCCAGAAUUAGUGAUUUGUGAGGAACUGGAAUCUCAAUUGGAACAAAUCCUGAUAACCACUGAAGCCGCACUCGGAGCUGAACGGGUCAAGGCGUGUCUGUCCCUUCUUACGGCGUCUAGAAGAGGUCUGGAUGAUACCGAAAUCUUGGAUAUGCUGGCUCAUGACGAACUUUUUAGGAGCGAAGAAACUUAUUUACCCUGGGCCCCGGCUGCCCUUCUUUGGCCCCAACUGACAGCCCUGUUGGCCCCUUGGCUCCGUUGGGACGGACGUGGGGCCGCUCGUUGGAGAGACGCCGCUUUAGCUGCCGCAGCCACGGAUCGAUAUUUGACUGACUGCAACACUGCGAGACUCAUUCUUGUGGAAUACUUUGAGGGUGCUUGGCAUAAUGAUGACGAUCCAAAAAUGGCUGGUCGACUCAUCUCUCAGGAAAAUAAAUUCUCGGAAGAACAAUACAACACAAGAAAACUCGACGAACUCCCAUUCCAACACUAUCAUUUAUUACGGGAAGACCCCGAAACCUUCGCGAACAAGCCUUACUUCUCCAAACUGGACUGGGUUCACGCGAAACUAGCCGCCACCGACUGCGGCCAUUUCCUCGAAGACAUUGGCCUCGUGCACGUCGACCCGCUUCCAGAACACCUAGACAUUCUCAAAGAAGUCUUUGAGACGCACUCGUACGCUUUGGACUACGAUCAUAGACAAUUCUACGGUCUCCUAAGAACGACCAUAGAGAGGAGACAACGCGAAGGCUUGGAGAUUCAAACCGAUAUCGUUCAGGAGUGGAUGAGGGAUGUUUUUGAUCCUCCAGUUCCGACGUUUUACCCGAUUAAUGAGGAUUUCUGGAAAGUUCUGGAGAGCCGGGAGAAGCAAGCUUCGAUGGAGGGCUUUGAUACGAAGCCGUUCGAUUUGAUCGUUAGAUUUGAUACGAGGGGCAAGUUUAUUGCCACCGUUUCUACUGAGAGGGAAGAGAUUUGUGUGUGGGAUGUUGCGAGGUGCAAAUUAGUUCGGAAAAUAGUUGGCGUAACUCACCCGAUAAAUCUCGUGCCGAUAGACGAGUAUCGAUGCGUCGUGUUGUGCAGACGAGAGCUAAGGGUCUACGAUUUAGAUCAGGGUAAAUUCGUAGUAGCUUUAAAAGGAGUUAUGAAUCAAAAAAUGCCGUACUAUGGUCUUCACGACUCCAAACAUUUGGUUGCGUUAUCGAGGAAUAGGAUGUACGUCAAUCUCAUGAACAUCGAGACUGGUGACUGUGUAACUACAUUCAAAGCUGGCGAAGACAGAUUUUUGAAUUCGCUGCUGGUGUCCGGCGAUGGCAGGAUACUUGUAUGUGGUGAUGAAACCCAAAAACCAUUUCCUCUAUUAGUAUGGUCGUUGACUUCUCGUAAACUUCUGUACGAUUUAAGAAUACCUCACCAUGAUUUCGUCACUUCCAAAGCUGCUAUUACCUAUGAAGGUUCCUACGUGUGCGUGGUAUCUCGGGAGUUGGACGAACCGAGUCCCAACUUCAUAGUGGUGUAUGACCUUCAAUCCGGGACAUUGUUCAAGAAGUGGAAACCGGGUUGUGAUACUGUAGCAUUGGCUAUCAGUUCAGUAGACGGCUGUGUGGUAUCAGCGCUCGCGGACACGAGAAUACUUGUAUGGGAUUUGGUGACAGGCAACUGUCGUCUCUCUCUAAGUGGACACGUAUGUGCCGCAACACAACUGCGAUUGGCAAAAUCAGGUGGUUUGCUUCUAUCAGCCGAUCUCUCUGCAACAGACUUGUCGGUACGACUAUGGGAUUUGCAUUCAGGAAAGCUAAUAGCAGUAUACACUCCACCCGAACGCAUUACCUCAUGCGAGAUCCUCUUAGGCGGAUCCGUUCUCGCUUUAGCUUUAGAAAAUCAUAAAGAAAUUGUUUGCGUUAAAUUAUACGGUCCGACGGUAGAGUGUGUUAAAAAUGGCCGGGAAAUGGAAUAUGACGAAGAUAGCUACGGCCAUGUUGAGUACGACGGGAAGACAUUCGAAGUCAAAGACGCAUGAUCUCCAUUUUAAUUAGCAAUAAUAUCGUCGAUAAGAUUAAUGGUAAUUAAGAAAAAAAUGUCUCCUUCAUUUGUUUUUCAACGUUGACUUAAUUAGAUUUAAACAGUUUUAAAACAUACUACCAAACAUUAAAAAAGCAAUGAAAUUAUUUAAUAUUACAUUUCAUAAUAUUAUUAUAUCUACAUUAUAUGUUACAAGCUUUUCUAAAAUGACAACAUAAAUGUUACAAAUUAAAUGGGAAAAAAUUAUCAAAUUUUAGAUUUUAUAAGUUAAUUACAGCUCGAACUGUUUACUUAGCUUAAGGUUUAUGUAACACCACACUUCUUUGUGACAAUUUUUAAGUAUCGCAAAAGGCGUUUUCCUAUCUUUUGAACGGAGUCUCGCCGGUGGCCUUAAGGGCCUUUACAGCUCAGCUCAGGCUCAGCGAACGUAGCUCGGUCUGCAAUGGGCGUUUUUGCUUCAAGGCUUUUAUAUUGUAUAAGAAGCCCAGAUUGUCUUUGCUUUCAAAUAUUAAUAACUUGUCUAUGAAUUCCAUAUUCUCUUAUCGACGAUAGAAUAACGACAUAAAUGUAAUGUAAUCUGGCGGUACAAAGAAGAAAUAUUUUAAAAAUUUCAACUUUUGUAUUUUACACCAUUUGUGAGGUAAAGCACGCUGUGGUGGCUAAGUGUGUGUCUGGUUAAGGUUGAGUCAUCUGUCAGAUGUCAAGUAUGGCGCAAUUUUGAAUUGGCACAAUGCGGUGCAAUUAACUGCGAUUGUGCAGCUAGGUGAGGGGUACCGGGUUCGAUUCCCGGUUCGAGGGCAAGUUUUAAUUUAAAUUAGUUCUCGGCCUUUGGGAGGGUUGUGCGGUACCGGGC